UCUCCGCUUAGGUUUAUUUAUUCUAAAGACGAAGUAUACAUUAUGGCGAAAAAAUUAGGAAACCACUGUAAAUAAAAUAAUUAUCAACAAUCCAAAUUUUUUACUGAAAUGUUUAUAAAAUUGUACUUUAACUACAUUUAUAAUUAAGUACAUAUAUGUGUUGUGUAUUUAAAAACAAAAUUAAAUUAAAAUUAAAGGAAAAAAGUAACAUGAUAUGCUAACAUAACAAUACAUUGAGCAUUAAAAUUCGUAGACAACUUGCUCUUUUCCAACGUUUAAUUAACAAAAACUAUUUAAUUUAUAUGCAAUAUGUCUGCUUUAUUAAACAUAGAAACUUAUUUAAAAAUACAAGCUACAAGAAAAAUCGUUGAUACAAAAAGUUUGGCAGAUUUCAGAAUCCGUCACCACUAUCAAAUGCCGUUUAAUAAUAGACACACUUUAAAUGUCCACCGUAACUGCUUUUUUAUUCUCUUAGUAAUGUUUUCGGUGUCAACGUUUCUUUCGUCCGAAGUACGCGCUUCAUUACCUAUAGGUUUACCGCCCGUAAUACGUUUGGGAGCCAUUUUUACUGAAGACCAGAGGGCAAGUAAAAUAGAAUCCGCAUUUAAAUAUGCCAUAUAUCGUAUUAAUAAGGAUAAAACAAUGUUGCCCGAUACUCAAAUCAUUUAUGACAUCGAAUAUAUACCACGCGAGGAUACAUUUCGUUCCACCAAAAAAGUAUGCCGCCAAUUAGAGUCCGGUGUACAGGCCAUAUUCGGUCCAACAGAUCCCAUACUAGCUACCCAUAUUCAAUCCAUUUGUGAAAACUUCGACAUACCACAUAUAGAGACACGAAUUGAUUUAGAAACAAACGUUAAAGAAUUUUCCAUCAAUAUGUAUCCUUCUCAGCAUUCAUUGAAUUUGGCAUACCGUGAUCUAAUGUCUUACUUAAAUUGGACUAAGGUAGCAAUUGUAUACGAAGAGGACUACGGCUUAUUUAAACAACAGGAUCUAAUGCAUACAAGAGCGGAAAUACCUACAGAAAUGUACAUACGUCAAGUUACACCUGAUUCUUAUAGACAAGUUUUGCGAGCGAUUAGACAGAAGGAAAUACACAAAAUUAUUGUUGAUACAAAUCCUGAAAACAUUGAAUUAUUUUUUCGUGCAAUUUUGCAACUUCAAAUGAAUGAUUAUCGGUAUCAUUAUAUGUUUACAACAUUCGAUCUGGAAACGUUUGAUCUAGAAGAUUUUAAAUAUAACGGUGUUAAUAUAACUGCAUUUCGAUUGGUUGAUGUGGAAAGCAAACGGUAUAAUGAAAUAAUUGAACAAAUGAAAAAGUUUCCUCAUAGUGGUUUAAAUAUGGUUGAAGGACGUCCUUACAUAGAGACCCAACCAGCUUUAAUGUUUGAUUCUGUUUAUGCGUUUGCUACCGGUCUAAUGGCACUCAAUGGUGUACAUGCCUUACAAUUACGAAAUUUGUCUUGUGCUCUUGAGGAACCUUGGAACGAUGGCCUUUCUUUAUAUAAUUACAUUAACACUGCAAGUAUAAAAGGCCUGACUGGAAACAUAGACCUAACCGAAGGAAGACGCAAUAAAUUUAAAAUUGAUCUUUUAAAACUAAAACAAGAACGUAUAAUGAAAGUUGGCUUUUGGACUCCAGAUGAAGGAAUUAAUAUAACGGAUCCCACGGCAUUUUAUGAUACAAAUACUGCAAAUAUUACACUUUUAGUAAUGACAAGAGAGGUAAUUGAUGUAGUAAUGUUUUUAUAUCCACCAUAA